AUGAACGGAAUAUCGAGUAGUACUAGAUCGUUUUUCUCUUUUGGACCUAAUGAGAGCUAUAUAUCGAAUAGUUAUGAAGGACUAACAUAUCGCAACCUCCCUCUGCCGCUAUAUCAACUCAUCAUUUCGGGAAGAGUGGUAAGCGCGCACUGGGCCGCUCUUGGGCCGGUACAAGAAUCAUGGCUUUUAAGCUACACAGAUGGGGAAGGGAAGAAUAACCUUGCUUGGGGCGAGGAGAUCCCUUGGGAGUUAGAAGAGAUCCUCGGAUCUAUCAAACCCAACCCUCAUAUCUACGUAUAUCUAGGCCCUAAAGAGUCCUUCAUAGCCUGGGGACCGAGCUUCAUCCGAUGGACUGCCCUGCCCUCUGGGUUAGAAGCUUCUCUGCAGGGUUGGCUCACUCCCUCUGGAUGGAGAGCGGGGCCUCCAAGGAUCGUGACCUGGGGACGGAAAGGUGCUUAUUUUGCCUUGAGUGAGUAUGGGGAGGUUAAGUAUCGCACUGGAUCAGGCGACUCUUGGCGUACUUUUAAAGAGACGGUAGAAGAAUGGGAGGCCGAAGCUGGGUUUUCAUGGAAUGACCUCGCGUAUAUAACUCUCGACUCAACCGUGCCGGAUCAGUUCGUCAUGAUGAGAGUCGACAGGACAUGGGCUGGAUCCAUAGGCGACGGCAAUGAGCAGGCUCUUGAAGCGUUUGUGCACAACUUCUUCACAUCCGUCAAGUCUAAGUCGAAGACGCAGCCAAAUCAGAAAAGCAAUGACAAUAACCGGUCAGACGGCGGAACAAACCAAAGGUCAACUGUUCCCGAUGCCGCGACAAGAGCACACUACGAAAAGUGGGCAGCUGAGGUGUCAAGCGCGUUCUCUUCGGCGCUUGCUGCCGCUGGAGGAAAAGCAGGACCAAAGAAAUUGGAAAUUCGCAAUGGCAAUCCUCGAGCAUCGACACCGCAGAGUCCAAACGGAAAGAGGCAAGCAAAGCUGCUGACGUCGUUCCCCUAUCUCCCCUCCGAAGUCACUAUCUGCGAGCUGGACGUUUGUCGUGUAUCAAAAGUCGAUCCUGGGGGCUUAAGGGCCUGUAGGCACGACGUGGAACGGUUCUUACGCGCUUCAGGGCAGUACAGCAAAGAGUUCUUGAGACAAGAACGAAUCAGGUGGCAUCCAGAUCGCUUUGGUCGGUUGUGCAGCGCAGAUUGGAGAGAUGAUGGGAGGAGGUUGGCGGAAGAGAUGUUCAAGAUUAUAGACAAUCUCAUUGCUGAUCUGGACACAGAUCAGGGCUGA